UUUUCUCGUGUAGAGACCAUAUGCCGUCUGCUGAGCUGUGUCUCUUGCUGCCGCCGCAGCUGCCAUCAUCAUCCCGCUGGUUGCUGCUUCACAGCGCCUGCCCACUAUAGCGCGCCACACAUCGGACACAGAGGUUGCUCGACACAGUCACUGCGGAAUCUUCGCUCGUUGAAGUCCACGCUCGCCAUCAGCAUGAGUCAAUUUAUCGGAUCGUGGAAGUUGACCGAAAGUGAAAAGUUUGACGACCUUCUCUCCGAGAUGGGAGUCGGCUUCGUGUUGCGUAAGUUCGCUCAAACCGCCACUCCGACCGUCAACAUCAGUCAGGAUGGAGAUAAGUGGAAACUGGAAACUGUGACCUCUUUGAAAACUUCCGUCAUCGAAUUCAAGAUGGGCGAGGAAUUCGUCGAGAAACGUCUUGACGGAAACGACGUUCGUUCUAUCAUGACCCUCGAAGGGGACAAGAUGAUCCAGAAGCAGUUCCCUAAUGAGGCGAAAAAACUCAAGGAAGUUCUAAUCACUCGUUGGGUCGAUGGGAGCACGCUCCACGUACUAGCCGAGUGCAACAAGGUUUCCUCUACGAGGAAAUACGCCAAGCAAUAAGUUCUGCCACACGAGAAAUCGCCAAUGUUUAAUGAGAGACUCGGCAUCCCGAGUUUCCUUUGAAUGAAACGAAAUUUACCUUCUGGUCAAAACGUUCGAGAGUGGAAACGGAGAAGCGCGGGGUUUUUCCGUGGAGCUCGUUGGGACUCCGGAAAGGAUUCGGCGGGAGCUUCACACUCCGGUGGUUUUCUGUGACUUCCUGCUGCUUGAUCCCAACUUUUUCGUAGAACGAAUCUUCUCUCUUGUACAGGAUUCUGCAUCGUUUCCUGAGGGUCGAUCCCGGAAAGUGGAAUUUAUCAAUGACAGGAGAAGAAUUUUCGGAGGGGAAACGAACGAAAUAAAAAUGGAAACUCAUGGUUUUUCUACAAAUCU